AUGGCAUGUGAGUCAUGUUGCUACAAGGGUGUUAAGCAUGAAGGCGUUGCCAAGGGAAAGCUGUCCCAAAUUGCUGGCAUUGAAGCAUACACCGUCUAUCCUGAAUACCAAUCUACAGACAAGGCAAUCUUAAUCUUGACCGAUAUUAUUGGACAUCAUUUUAUUAACAUUCAGCUGAUCGCUGCCCAGUCUGCCGCAAAUGGCUAUUUUGUCGUGAUCCCCGACCUGUUUGAGGGCGAACCCGUGCCACUGAACAGGCCAGGCGAAUUUGAUAUGGAGAAAUGGCGUGCCGGGGCAUUCAACCCCAAGCGCAUCGCACAUUCGCCACCAAAUGUCGAUCCAAUUGUUGAUAGUUGCUUGACAGUCCUGCGGGGUACCUUUGGAUGCAAGACAAUCGGGGCCGUUGGAUAUUGCUUCGGGGCGAAAUAUGUAGUGCGGUUCCUCCAGCCAAGCAUAAAGGUAGAUGUCGGAUUCAUGGCGCAUCCUACCAACGUCACUGAGGAGGAGUUGGCCGCGAUCAAAGGUCCUCUGGGAAUCGCUGCUGCUGAGACUGAUCGGUUGUUUUCACCCGAAAAAUGUCACAAGAGUGAAUUAAUUAUUCAACAGACGGGAUUGCCCUACCAGAUCAACCUGUAUAGUGGUGUGGAUCAUGGAUUUGCGGUGCGCGGUGACCUGAGUAAGCGUGUCGGAAAGUACGCCAAGGAGACUGCGUUUUUGCAAGCUGUUCUGUGGUUUAACGAGCACAUGUGA